UGGGCCAGGGCCCUGCUUUUGCUCUCCUUUUCUCCAGGUAAUACCUAAAGCCUGUCCAAGCAACAGUCCCUCCACUGUUUCCCCUAAUAGUUCUGCCUCAGUUCCAUCUGCCAAAAGUCAACUUAGCUACCUCUUCCAGGAAGCCCUUGUAAAUCUUUCCACUCAGAAGUAGAAAUUAGUCUUACAUUUCACAGGUCCAAAUACAAAGUUACAGAACUGAGUUGACUAGGAGGAAGCUGUGAUCACCAUGCACCAUGGAUUGAGAGCACUGAGAAGGCUUCUGAAAAACCACAGGGCAGGAAUCCAGAGGUAGGAGAGCAGUAGAACUGGUGCUGGUUUUGGUAACAAUCUUGCCCUAGGGUGAGAUUUAUUUGCUGACUGGAUGGAUAGAGGAAGGAAUGUGCAAAAUACAGAAAUCUACUCUAAUACAGAGGAAGAGAGGGUAAGACCCACCUCCCUUCAGGCAAAGGAGAUAAAUAUGCAUAGGGCCUCAGAGGGGUUCAAAGAAGGCUCCCUGGGGUAGAGUACAACCGAAACUAGCACCAGGCCUGCCACCUGCCCCAGGCUUCACUCUUUCCACCACUCAAAUCCAGUCCUGAUAGCUACUUUUAAGGUUUCCAUGACAUUCUCACCCCCAUUAGCAUCACUUCCUCCCUCCAACCGCCGAAGCAAAGCAGCAGUUUCCUCUUGCCUAGUCAGUGACUCCCUGGGUCCCACCCCUGAACAUUAGGAAGCUUGGAGGAGUUACUGCCUUGUUCUGGGCCUCAGGUGCCUCAUCUGUAAAAUCUCCUGCACGUCACCAUGUGAUGUCUUCCACCAUGUCAUAAUGCAGCAAGAAGGCUCUCACCAGAUGCAGCCUCUCCAUCUUGGACUUCCCAGUCUCCAGAACCUGCAAACAUGCUUAGACAGAGAAGAGAUUAACUUCAGUGGCUUCCCACUAAUUACAGAGAUUAAGAAGUACCUGCCUGAAUUAUUUUCCAAAGGAUACACAUUACAAAUUAUUGCAUAGGGGCAGCUCACCAAGAAGAUCCUAUUGGUUUGGGGGGAACGCAACUUCCAGCAGCCACAAGGAAUGCUGCUACUCAGGUACCAACCGAAACAAGCUCCUCCACAGAAGGUUUGGUGUAGGUUUUGUGCCGUGAUGGGGAAACUGCAAAGCAAACUCAAACACAGCACUUACAAAUACAGCAGGCCUGAUGAAAUUAUAGAAGAGAGAAUUCAGACUAAAGCUUUUCAAGAGUAUAGCCCAGCUCACAUGGAUACCGUCUCUGUCGUUGCUGCUUUGAACUCAGAUGUUUGUGUCUCUGGAGGGAAAGAUAAGACAGUUGUGGCCUAUAAUUGGAAAACUGGAAAUGUGGUGAAAAGGUUCAAAGGACAUGAACAUGAGAUCACCAAGGUAACCUGUAUUCCCAAUUCCAACCAGUUCUUCAGUGCCUCUCGUGACAGGAUGGUCAUGAUGUGGGACUUGCACGGUUCCUCACAACCAAGGCAGCAAUUGUGUGGCCAUGCCAUGGUGGUCACCGGAUUGGCUGUGAGUCCAGACUCAUCACAGCUGUGCACUGGCUCUCGGGACAACACCCUGCUUCUGUGGGAUGUGGUGACAGGACAGAGUGUGGAAAGAGCAUCUGUCUCCAGAAACGUGGUCACUCACCUGUGCUGGGUCCCCAGAGAACCAUACAUACUACAGACCUCUGAAGAUAAAACCCUCAGAUUAUGGGACAGUCGGGGGCUGCAGGUAGCUCAUAUGUUUCCUGCAAAGCAGUACAUUCAGACCUACUGUGAAGUCAGUGUGGAUGGACACAAGUGUGUCUCCUGCAGCAAUGGCUUUGGAGGAGAAGGCUGUGAGGCCACGUUGUGGGACCUAAGACAGACUCGAAACAGAAUAUGUGAGUAUAAGGGGCAUUUCCAGACUGUUGCAUCCUGCGUCUUUCUACCAAGAGCAUUGGCCUUGAUGCCUUUAAUUGCUACCUCAUCACAUGAUUGCAAGGUGAAGAUUUGGAACCAAGAUACUGGAGCCUGCCUUUUCACCUUGUCUCUGGAUGGAUCAGGACCCUUGACUUCUCUGGCUGUUGGUGACGCCAUCUCCUUAUUGUGUGCAAGUUUUAACAGAGGAAUUCACUUACUCAGAAUGGACCACAGCCGAGGGCUGGAACUGCAGGAAGUGGCAGUAUUCUGAGGCCAAGAGACACUCACUGGACAAUAUCAAACCAUGGCCCUUUCUCAGCGUGGCUUUGUGUCUUUCCCAGUUAUCUUGUGGGGAGUGGGAUGUAGGGCUGGUAUUCUUUGUUUAGGUUCACUUAGAAGAGGUAUCAGUGUUGUAAGUCAAAUAAUUUAAGUCCAGUGAUUCAAAGUCAGGCAUAGAGUCCAGAAACAUGGACUACACAUAAGGUUCUCUAUUUAAGUUAAAUACAAAUGCAACUUUUUAGUGAGCUUGUAGGAUUACUCUUCAAAAAAAGUUUAUUGCUCAGAAUGAUGACCUGUAAAUGUAAGAGUGGCAGGCCUCUGUCUGUGAAAGUCAGAACACAGGGCUCAAGCCUCUGAAACUGACCCUUUCCAAGUCUUCACAAAAGAAAAAAGGCAAUGGGGAGAGAGAGUGUUUUGGUUACAUCAAAAAUAAUUGAGAUGGGAAAGAAUAGUGCAGCUCCAUAGAGGAGACAGACUGUAGACAAUGAGAUUAUGCUUCAGUCACUGCUCCUCAGCAAUGUGAAGAAUCAAAGUCAGGGCAAGCAAGCAAAAGCUUGGACUUCUAUUCAAAGUGGCAGCAGAGUGGGAGGGCGGUGCCCUUCUAGCCCAAUGCUGCUGAACUUGUGUGAAAAUCAGACCUGAGAUGGCUUGAAGCGGCCAAGAAUCACAUGGGCAUUGCCCAGAAUUAUAGGAGUUAGCACAUCUGCUCUACAGAUAAGAAAACAUUGAAAUUCAAAGAUUAAGGCCAAAAAUAUCUCACAUGCAAUUUUAAUAUUUUUAUUUGGAUUUAUAUAAAUGACAUAUAUAUAUAUAUAUAUGUUUUGGAAUGGCCAGAGUGAGGCAAAGGGGAUCCCUGAAAUAACAUUAGAACAUACAGGAAAAACGAGGCAGGCGGAUCACUUGAGGUCAGGAGUUGGAGACAAGCCUGUAUGCGUGUGCCUGUAGUCCCAGCUACACAGGAGGGUGAGGUGGGAGAAUCACUUGAAGCUGGCAGGCAGAGUUUGCAGUGAGCUGAGAUUGUGCCACUGCACUUCAGCCUGUGUGACAGAGUGAGAGACCUUGUCUUGAAAAAAAAAAAACAUACAGGAAAAAGAGGGAUGGAGUCAACUGUGCCCCAGACAUUAAGCCCCCUUCAAUGAGGAGGGGCAAGGUGCUCAGGCCUGCCUGUGUGGCCCCCAGGAGUCAGACCUCAGCCUCGUGCUCACAGGCCCAUUUUCAUCCAGGGAAAAUGGAGUCCUUUCUGCCUUCAGAGAUGCCCACACAUAAGGCACAUGAGGCCUGGAGAUUCCCUUUCUGACAAGUCCCAGCCAAAGAAAGAUUUUGCUUUUGUCUUCUCUGGCCUCUGCUUGUCUCUGAUACCAGUGGCUGACAGCCACCUUCCUUGUUCCCUCUCUUGGUGUGAUCAUGGCUAACUGCAGCCUCAAUCACCAGGGCUCAAUCAAUCCUCCCUCCUUAGCCUACUGAGUAGCUGGA